AUGGACAUGGACGACUUGGAGUCAAUAGGCCAUAAUAGGAACAGCUCGCGCUGUUGCUUUUGCAUCCCUUCGUCGUCGCGGUGGUGGGACCGGGUUCGGAACGACGACGGGUGGUGGUCCAGAGGCAAGAGGGCCAUUUACAAGGUCAGGGAGUGGUCCGAGAUCGUCGCCGGUCCCAAGUGGAAGACUUUCAUCCGGCGCUUCAAUCGGAGCAAGAGCGGCGGCGGCGGCGGAGGUAGGCACGGCAAGUUUCAGUACGAUCCGUUGAGUUACGCUUUGAACUUCGACGAGGGCCCGGUGGCGGAGGAGGAGGACGAGUCGGGAGGGUUUCGCGAUUUCUCGGCCCGGUUCGCUCCGGUGAAGAGCUCGGACCCGGUUCAGUUGGGGAAGGACGUUGCGGUUCAUGCGUGA